GGGCCGCGCGGGCUUCAUCUGCGGGCGCGCGGCCGGCGCCGGUGUCGGGGUCUCGGAGGCGCGGGGCGACGAGCGGCCGGAGCGGCUAUGGGCCGCCGCUGGGGCCUCCUGGUCGGCGUCUUGGGCGCCGUGUGGCUGCUCGGCUCGGGCCAGGGCGGGCGGCAGCCCGCGGAGUCGGCGGCGCAGAGGUGCUUCUGCCAGGUUAGUGGUUACUUGGAUGAUUGUACCUGUGAUGUUGAAACCAUUGAUAGAUUUAAUAACUACAGGCUUUUCCCAAGACUACAAAAUCUUCUUGAAAGCGACUACUUUAGAUAUUACAAGGUAAACCUGAAAAGGCCGUGUCCUUUCUGGAAUGACAUCAGCCAGUGCGGAAGAAGAGACUGUGCUGUCAAGCCUUGUCAAUCGGAUGAAGUUCCUGAUGGAAUUAAAUCUGUGAGCUACAAGUAUUCUGAAGAAGCCAAUAGUCUCAUUGAAGAAUGUGAACAAGCCGAACGACUUGGAGCUGUGGAUGAGUCUCUGAGUGAGGAAACACAGAAGGCUGUUCUUCAGUGGACCAAGCAUGACGAUUCCUCAGACAACUUCUGUGAAGCCGAUGACAUACAGUCUCCUGAUGCUGAAUAUGUAGAUUUGCUCCUUAAUCCUGAGCGCUACACGGGUUACAAGGGACCAGAUGCUUGGAAGAUAUGGAAUGUCAUCUACGAAGAAAACUGUUUUAAGCCACAGACCAUUAAAAGACCUUUAAAUCCUUUGGCUUCUGGUCAAGGGAAAAGUGAAGAGAACACUUUUUACAGUUGGCUAGAAGGCCUCUGUGUAGAAAAAAGAGCAUUCUACAGACUUAUCUCUGGCCUGCAUGCAAGCAUCAACGUGCAUUUGAGUGCACGGUAUCUACUGCAGGAUACCUGGUUGGAAAAGAAAUGGGGACACAACGUUACAGAAUUUCAGCAGCGAUUCGAUGGAAUUUUGACCAAAGGAGAAGGUCCAAGAAGGCUUAAGAACUUGUAUUUUCUCUACUUAAUAGAAUUAAGGGCUUUAUCUAAAGUGGUACCAUUCUUUGAGCGCCCAGAUUUUCAACUCUUCACUGGAAAUAAAAUUCAGGAUGCAGAAAACAAAAUGCUACUUCUGGAAAUACUUCAUGAAAUCAAGUCAUUUCCUUUGCAUUUUGAUGAGAAUUCGUUUUUUGCUGGGGAUAAAAAAGAAGCAAACAAACUAAAGGAGGACUUUCGUCUGCAUUUUAGAAAUAUUUCAAGAAUCAUGGAUUGCGUUGGUUGUUUGAAAUGCCGACUGUGGGGAAAGCUUCAGACUCAGGGUUUGGGUACUGCUCUGAAGAUCUUGUUUUCUGAGAAACUGAUAGCAAAUAUGCCAGAAAGUGGGCCCAGUUAUGAAUUCCAUCUAACCAGACAAGAAAUUGUAUCUUUAUUUAAUGCAUUUGGAAGAAUUUCUACAAGUGUGAAAGAAUUAGAAAACUUCAGGAAGUUGUUACAAAAUAUUCAUUAAAGAAAACCAGUGGAAAUGUGCCUAUUUGUGGACAUUGGAGGCCAAAGAGUGGAAUUCAAUCAAAGGCAUAAUAGCAGUGACGUCUUAAACCAAACAUUUUAUAUAAAGCUUUUAUAAAAGGAGAAUUAUGUCGUUUUAAGUAAACAAUUUUUUUUAGUUAUGUUAAGUCUAUGUAUAAUAACAUUGUGAGUAAAAGUAAUACUUUGGUAAUGUGGUACAAAUUUUAAAGUUUAAUUUUGAAUAAAAUUAAGAUUAUCAAAUUCAUGUAUGGUAAAACUAAGUAAAUAUUUUAAGUCUCACACUAGAAUUUUGUGUAAGAAGAUGUAAUAUAAGUAAAACUAUGGCCCAUGUGACAAGUGUUUAAUAGGAAAAUGCUAAGGAGGCUCAUGACUGACCCAUAAUUAAUAGCUUAAAGUUUUUCAAUACAUUUAGGGUUACCAGAUUUAGUAAAUAAAAAUACAGAAUGCCCAGCUAAAUUUGAAUUCCAGAGAAACAACAAAUAGUUUUUUAAUAUAAGUAUGUUGCAUGCAAUAUUUGGGGUAUACUUAUACCAAAAAAUUAUUCCUUGUUAAAAAUUCAAAUUUGACCGGGAGUCCUGUGUUUUCUCUGGCAACCCUAGAAUACAUUGGUGUGAAACAAUCUCUGUUAGAUUAUAUUGCUACUUUGAUUGACUUGUCUGGGUGUAUAGAAAAGGACAAUGACAACUCAGAGGCAUAGGGGAUUUCUAAACAUUGUGAAAAGUUGAAUACAUUUAUAUAUUUAUUCUCAUAAUACUUUGCCUAAUACUGUACAGAAUUUUGGGGAAACUUUAUUUUUAUAUAAUUUCAGAUUUACAGAGGAGUUUCCAGGAUAGUGCAAAACUCUUCCACCCAGAUUCACUAAUCACACGUGCUUUAUCUUUAAUGCUCUAUCUGUAUAUACACACACAGAGACUGUUGUUUCCUCAGUCAUUUGAAAGUCAGUUACAGGCAUUAUGCCAUUUGAACCCUAAAUACUUCAGUGUGUAAUACCAAAUAAUUAAAAAAAAUCCCUGGAACUAUACUACUAUAAGCCUUAGAAAAAGGAAUCAUUUUGAGUUCCAAUCUCUCAAGUUCUUUUUGAAUUUUAUUGCCUUAUUAAUGCUUGAUCUGUAUGGUCAUAGGGCAGGUAACGUUUGUCUUUUGUACAUGAAGUUUAUCUCCUUUUUCUCCCUAAAAUUAAACUGUAGUUUUGGGAGGUUUUCAUUAGUGGAAGCUCUUCAAAGAUAAAAAUAUUUGAAGGGGUUUAAGAAUUUAUAUCACAUGGUAAUUGCUGGGAAAAAAGAAAUUGUAUACCUCGAAAUCAUGUGCUAAUAAAGCAGGGCUUAUUUAUAUAAUGGUUCGGAAAUGCCAUUUUACACUGCUGUACGGUUUUUCUUCUCUGUGUCCCUAAGGCCUGGUGUAGUGCCAAGCACGUAAUGGGUAUCCAAUAAAUACUUAUUGAAUGUAUGAAUAUGUAAUCAGUAUAUUUUAAAUGAAUAAUCACAGAGCUAAGUUUAACAAUGUAUGUCCUGCUUUCCUGUUCCCCCUCAUUUGAAUAGGGCAGGAAAAGAAAGAUGUUAACCUGCCAAUAAAGACUCACAGGACUAUGAAGCGAGCACCAUAUGUAAAUUUUAAGGACCUUUGUAGUACUCUGAAAGUACGGUAGAUGGGUUCGAAUGGUAAUUCUGUCUGUGUAGCCUAACUCUCGUGUUAUGUCCCACCCUUUUUUUAUCAGCCAGUCUUUUUGAGAGAAUAGUCCUAUCUUCACAUUGUCACCUCCCACUUGCUCCUUAACUAAAAUCUGGCUUUUGGCCCUACAGUUCUUCAGUCUCUUCCUUUGAAGUCUAAAACCCCGUCUAAAUCCACAGCUCAGGUCACAGCCCAUUUUUUAUUUGAUUUCUUUCCUGCAUUCAACAGUCUUCACAGCCCUUCUUUAGUCCUUCGCUCCCUUCAUUUCACUUCUCCUGGAUGCCUCCUUUUUAGCCUCUUUUCUUUUAUGCCUUAAAUGUCAUUCCCAGCUUUCACUCUUGCUCUGAUCACCACCACUUCCACUCUAGGGUAAUUCUAGUUCAAUGAUUUCUAAGUUGUUAUCUUUAGUCUAGAUUUCUGAAUCCAUCUGCCUACUGCAUAUCUUCACCUGGUUGUCCCAUGGACACCUGUGUGUCUCAAAACAAUCGUUCUCCCCAAAAUCUACUCUUCUGCCUUGGUACAUUUCAGUCAUCUGAAUUCUCUAGCUCGGUCGUCUCCUGUUUCCCUGUCAUCCAGCCAGUGUCUAAGCGCUACGGGUUUCAUCUCCAACUCUGAUACGUCACUGUCUUUCCAUUUUCACUGCUCUUGCCUGGAGUACUGCACUAACCUGUCUCCUUAUACCCAGCCUGUCUCUUCUCUUUUGCUCCACAAUGUUACCAAGGUAGGCUUUCUAGAAGCACUCUAACAGUGUCAUUCCUGCUUAACACCCUUCAGUGACUUCAUGCACCUCCAGGAGAAAGCCAAACCCCUUUGCUUGGUGUUUACCCUCCCCCAGCUUUCUGAUGAAACACACUCACAGUUCUUCAAAUGCACCACGGUCAGGCCUCCAGCUUGGUGUGCGCCACUCUCCUUGUGUCAAGUGCCCUGGUCGUCCAUCUCCUGCUAGAAAAUUUCUGUGUCCUCACAGGCCCAGCGUCAGACACCACCUCUGGGAAGUCUCCCUUGCUCCUCUAACUCCCUCUGUUGUGUCACCACUGUAAUUACAACCUACCUCUAUUGUGUCACUUACUGUGCUGUAUUAUUUUUAUUUUUUAAACCCUCCUUUACUAGAAUGUGAGCUCCUUAAGGGCAGGAAAAGGAACUUUUUCCAUUUUUGCAGCCCCAUAGCAUAUUUUUUGGCAUAUGAAAACUUAACUGUUUGUUGAAUAAAGUGCUUUUAAAGUGA